AUGAAGAUAAAUGAGGGAGGUAUUAAGACAGCUUCCAAUUUAUGCCCAGAUCCAGGAGAACCAGAAAAUGGGAAGAGAGUUGGAUCAGAUUUUAGCCUUGGAUCAACUGUGCAGUUCUCUUGUGAUGAAGAUUAUGUCCUACAGGGUGCUAAGAGCAUCACCUGCCAACGGAUAGCUGAAGUUUUUGCUGCUUGGAGUGAUCACAGGCCUGUGUGUAAAGUGAAGACAUGUGGCUCUAAUCUUCAAGGACCAAGUGGAACAUUUACCUCUCCCAACUUUCCAUUCCAGUAUGACAGCAAUGCACAAUGUGUCUGGGUCAUCACAGCAGUGAAUACAAAUAAGGUUAUCCAGAUAAAUUUUGAAGAAUUCGAUCUGGAAAUUGGCUAUGAUACCUUGACAAUUGGUGAUGGGGGUGAAGUUGGAGACCCAAGGACAGUGCUCCAAGUGCUGACUGGAAGCUUUGUGCCAGACCUGAUAGUAAGCAUGAGUAGCCAAAUGUGGCUGCACCUUCAAACAGAUGAAAGUGUUGGAUCUGUUGGCUUCAAGGUUAACUACAAAGCAAAGAAUACAGGUUUCAAAGUUGAUGAACAGUUUAGAGCAGCAGGAGAGUGCCAUCGAUAUUUCAGCAGUCUCCACUGCAGUUCACGAACUGGAAGUACAUUGUAA